GAUAACAACUUUAAAUUUACAUAUCUGCCAUAUUUAAAGACUACGACAUUUUAAUAUUUUAGCCGUGAAUUAUUAAGCGUUUAAGUUACAAAUUGUUGUGUUUAUAAAAUGGUUGGGAGAGUUCAAACAGUAAAUGGAGACGUGGACCCAAGCGUUCUCGGCAUAACUCUAACUCAUGAACAUUUGUAUAUGAAGUUUACACAUUUUUAUAAACAACCACCGAAACAGAUUGCCAAUAAAUUCGAAAAAGGCUUUUCUUUGGAUACGGUGGGUUAUUUAAGACAGUAUCCGUAUAGUUCACAAUCAAAUUUACUUCUCAAUGACCUUGACUCUCAGGAAGCUGUUUUGAAUGAUGUGAAAGCUUAUAAAGAAUUUGAAGGCGGCACUAUUGUGGAAAAUUCGACAGAAGGUUUAGAAAGGAACAUCGAUUUCCUAAAGAAUGUAUCAUCGAAAACCGGCGUACACGUCGUAGCAGGAACGGGACAUUAUAUCGCAGAUCUACAGGAUGACGUAUCAAUCAAAAACACAAAAGAAGAUAUUUACAAUCACAUGUUAAAUGAGCUGACUGAAGGAUGCGUAGACUAUCCCACAGUUAAAGCUGGAUUUAUGGGAGAGAUUGCUAGUGUAUGGCCGUUGAAAGAUUUCGAGCGCAGGGCGAUAUCAGCAGCGGGCGAGGUGCAGGCUCACCUGGGCUGUGGGGUCAGCUUUCACCCGCACCGCGAUCCUCAGGCACCCUUUGAGAUCCUCCGCUUGUACACGGAGGCCGGUGGACGAGUCGACAAGGCGGUCAUGUCGCAUUUAGAUCGUACAUUACUACAGACGGAGAAGCUGUUAGAAUUCGCAGAGUUAGGAUCGUAUUGCCAGUUCGAUUUGUUCGGCACUGAAGUAUCUUAUUACCAACUGAAUGAGACUGUUGCGAUGCCUUCUGAUGCCCAGCGUAUUGACAAAAUAGAGGAACUCAUAAAGGAGGGAAAGGAAGACAGAAUACUAAUGUCGCACGAUAUUCAUACCAAACAUAGACUGAUUAACUACGGAGGUCACGGUUAUUCCCAUAUCAUAAACAACGUGCUGCCCAGGAUGAAGAAUAGAGGCAUCUCUCAAACGAUCAUAGACAAGAUUACUAUUGGCAACCCUGCUAAUUGGUUAACUGUCAAAUUUUAAUUAUUAGACAGUGCAUGCAACAUGUAGAAAAAAAAAUUAAACUUCGAAUCAUUUUACAAUUGU